AUGUGGGCCCGAGACGCUGGCGGAGUCCCAGUUGGGACGAAUUUGUACGGCACCCAUCCCGUCUACUACGAGCACAGAGCCGGAUCCGGUCUCUCUCAUGGUGUCCUUCUGCUUAACAGCAACGGUAUGGACAUUAAGAUCAACAACGACAACGGCCAAUAUCUCGAGUACAAUGUCAUUGGCGGCGUCAUCGAUCUUUACUUCAUGGCUGGCCCAGCUCCAUUUGACGUCGCUCGUGAGUACAGCGAGAUCACACAAAAGGCUGCCAUGAUGCCAUACUGGGGUCUCGGUUUCCAUCAAUGCCGUUUCGGUUACGAAAGUGCGGAUCAGGUGGCUGAAGUCGUUGCCAACUACUCCAAGGCAAACAUCCCUCUCGAGACCAUGUGGACAGACAUCGACUACAUGGACGGCUACAAAGUUUUCACUUUGGGACAAAGCUUUCCCCUCGAUAAGAUGCGGGCCUUGAUCAGUGACCUACACAGCAAGGAUCAGCAUUAUAUUGUCAUGGUUGACCCAGCGGUUGCGGCACAGAACUACGAUGCCUACAACAAUGGAGUCAAUGCUGAUAUUUUCUUGAAGAAGAACAGGACUAUGUCACCAAGGCAGUCGCGCGAUAUCUCACGCGCGUCCAGCCACGGGAUUGUCAAGGAGAAAAAUGGAAGAAGAACCGCUUCUUACCCCGUCGGCCGCGGUUCGAUGAAAGAUGCAGCUGUUGACCUGACCAACGACCGCGAAAAUUCAAAACGUGAAGCCAGCGCCUCGGGUAAUAAGAAGGGAUUGCCCAAUCGAAAUCUGCUCGAUCCGUCAUACAAAAUUAAUAACGCCUUCCGAGUUCUGAGCAAUAAAACCGCGGAUACUGACAUUAUUCAUCAAAACGGCUUAGCUGAGUAUGAUACACACAAUCUCAUGCUCAACCGACGACCUGACAAGAGACCAAUGGUUAUCACGCGGAGCACCUUCGUAGGUGCUGGUGCGCACGUAGGUCAUUGGCUUGGUGACAACCUGUCAGCAUGGGACCAAUAUCUUAUUUCGAUUCGUCACCUACUCCAAUUUGUUUCGAUCUUCCAAGUUCCAAUGGCCGGCGCCGAUGUCUGUGGCUUCCUUCAGAACACCAAUGAGCAUCUGUGCGCUCGUUGGACUGUACUUGGUGCUUUCUACCCCUUCUACAGGAAUCACAACGUCAACAACGCAAUUCCUCAAGAGGCUUACCGCUGGACAUCAGUCGCAGAGGCAGCACGGAAGGCUAUCGACAUUCGCUACAGGCUGCUUGACUAUAUCUACACUGCCAUGCAUAAGCAGACCGUAGAUGGCACUCCGAUGCUAGCACCCCUUUGGAUGCAGUACCCGACGGAUAGCAAGACUUUCGCCAUUGACACGCAAUUCUUUUACGGACCCUCUAUGCUCAUCAAUCCAGUAACGGAUGAAAAAUCUACCUCAGUCUCUUUCUACGUGCCCCAGGGAGUCUGGUACGAUAUACGCGACCAGAAGCCUAUCACUGGCACUGGAUCCACCAUUACAUACAACAAUUUGAGCACGAGUGACAUUGCAAUCCUUGUCAAAGGCGGAUCCAUCAUUCCAGCGCGCGUCAACAGCGCAAUGACAACAAAAGCCCUCCGAGACAACGACUUCGAAUUACUCGUCGCGCCCGAUGCAGACGACAAGGCCAGCGGUACACUUUAUCUGGACGAUGGAGAGAGCUUGGUGCAAGACGGUACCAGCGAAAUUGCCUUCACGUAUGGAGGUGGUAAGAUCAAGAUGGCGGGAUCGUUUGGCUUCUCUACAAAGGUUGGAGUGAAGAGUUUUACAGUUUACGGUGAUGCACCGCAGAAGUACGAAUUAAACGAAGGCUUGGAUGCGCCUUGGGAACAUGACGUCGCCAGCUUGAAGAAGCUAUGA